ACAAAUGCAAUUCAAAGUGCUUUACAUAAGCAUAACUAUACAAAACAAACAAAACAGAAAAUACGACAGGUCAGUAAAAGCAGCCGACAGAAGGUGCUAGUGGACGCUUUUCCUCCCAACACGUGACGAGGGAGUCGGUAGGGACUCCCAGUGUGGAUAGCAACAUUGCUUGUCUAAACACCAGUUAACCACAACAAACUUGACCACUGAAGGUUUCAAUGGUGUUGGCUUGAUGGAAUCCAAGCGGGUGGCAGAGUGAUGGUCUAAGGACUCGCAGUCACGGAGGUGCUUGCGCGUGGAAUGUUGCGCUGGUCGGUGCACCUAGAAGGAGGGCCGCGGAGAGUCAACCAUGCUGCUGUGGCGGUGGGGCACAAGGUGUACUCCUUUGGAGGGUACUGCUCCGGGGAGGACUACGAGACACUCCGUCAGAUUGAUGUGCAUGUCUUCAACACAGUGUCUUUGCGCUGGAUGAAGUUGCCUCCACUGAGGACAGGAGGACAUGAACGUGCCCGUGAAGUGCCAUAUAUGCGUUAUGGCCACACAGCUGUGCUAUUGGAUGAUAUUAUCUACCUCUGGGGUGGGCGUAAUGACACAGAAGGGGCCUGCAAUGUGCUUUAUGCCUUUGAUGUCAACACCCACAGAUGGUUCACACCCAAGAUUUCGGGUACUAUUCCAGGGGCAAGGGAUGGCCACUCGUCCUGUGUCCUGGGGAAGGCAAUGUAUAUAUUUGGAGGAUAUGAGCAGCUGGCGGACUGCUUCUCCAAUGACAUCCACAAGCUGGACACCACCACCAUGGUUUGGUCAUUAAUUAAUGCCAGGGGCACUCCGGCACGCUGGAGGGACUUCCACUCAGCCACCAUCAUCGGGACAAAGAUGUUUGUGUUUGGAGGGCGAGCCGACCGCUUUGGUCCCUUCCACUCCAACAACGAGAUCUACUGCAACAAGAUCAAAGUGUUCGAUGCAGAGACCAACUGCUGGCUGAGCACCCCUUCAACACAGCCGUUGCCAGAGGGACGCAGGAGUCACUCAGCCUUUUCCUACAAUGGGGAGCUGUAUAUAUUUGGUGGAUACAAUGCACGCAUGGACCGGCACUUCAACGACCUCUGGAAAUUCAAUCCAGAAGCCUUUUCCUGGAAGAAGGUCGAACCAAAAGGGAAAGGCCCAUGUCCACGGAGACGACAGUGCUGUUGUAUAGUUGGAGAACGAAUUAUCCUCUUUGGAGGAACCAGCCCCUGUCCAGAGCAAGGAAUGGGUGAUGAAUUUAACCUCAUGGAUCAUUCAGACCUGUAUAUCUUAGACUUCAGCCCUAAUUUGAAGACGUUAUGCAAAAUAGCUGUUAUUCAGUACAGUCUGGAGCAGUCAGGACUCCCACAUGAUAUCAGGUGGGAACUGGCAGCCAUGACCACCAACAGCAACAUCAGCAGGCCCAUCUUCUCAUCCCAUGGCUGACACGGCAGAAUGUGAAGCAGAACUAGGACCGAGGACACUGAGCUUUUAUCUUUCUAAUCAGCUGAGCUCCAACAGACAGUUUUUGCAAAAGUUUGGAUCUGUAUGGGAUAUAUUUUCCACAUUCUUCAAGUGAAAACUCCUUACUGACCAAAAUCUUCUCUCGUAUGACUUCCUUGGACACCAUGAGCCCUCUCAUGUAUAAGGAUAUUUUAAACCUUGAGACACUGGUUACAUGUGACAGUAAAAGUUGACACCUGUUCACAUUUUUGUCUUCUUUCUAGCCUCUCUAGAAAUCCAAUCAGCCUAUGAUAAUCAUAGACUUCUAAUCUUAAACACAGGAAGAGACAAGAACUUCAGCCAAAGGUCUUGGGAGCCAACCUUGUUGUGGAUGUCGUCCUGAUGUCCCACUCGACAGAGCUCCCCUAAGAGACUAAUGUGAGCAUUCUGUUCCAGAUAAAAAGAGACCGAGAUGGUCACGAGUUUGUAUAUCUUGCAGGUCUAACUUUGUCAUAAAACCAUGUCAAACUACCAUGUCCAUUUGCGGGAAAUGAAGAUAUGUACACCGUAUACGGAUUGGACGUGACUAACUUAUUACUUUGGCGUUAAAUGCAAGGAGAAAGCUUAUAGGGUAUAUAGUGGUAUGGUUGUGAAAGGUUCCAUUUGAGUGACUUUCGAUGCUUACCUUGUUCCCUACUUCACCAUAACGUGGCGAGCACCUUUCUGCUCUCAAGUGUCUCAAAGGUGAUUUGCAGUGCGACUGAAGCGAGCCGUCUGUCCGCCUUGUAAAAUAAUGAAGUCCAUCUACCUCCCUCAAUAGCAUGUAUCAUUGGGUCUUUAAUAAGACUAGAUAAGACUUAGGACACACACACACACACACACACACACACACACACACACACACACACACACACACACACACACACACACACACACACACACACACACACACACACACACACACAGAAGUUUGUAUUCAAGCUUGAGUCCUAGUGUCACUGGAAGAGUGUGACUCACCUGCCAGCGGCCCCACCACCCAACCCUUUAACCCUGUAGUUUGUUUUUCAGUGCCAAAUGUAGAAUGGAAUCAUGAUGCAAAUAUAUACUGUGUAUGUGUGUAAGCACGUGGUCCCGUCUACACAGAGUCCCAGCCCACCUGUUUCAGUUUGCCUGUUGUGGGGGAGAUGAUCACUAAUAUGCAUAAUGUAGUUGUUACACUUAUAGACAAUCCUACAGCGAUCAGAGACUCUUCUCAUGACCACGGUACGGUGAAAAAUAACAGAAAAGUGUGCAUGUGUGUUUGACUACAAAGCAAAGCUAAACCUGAUCAGAUUAUUAAGGCAUAAGGGCUUACACACUCGCCACACAGCUGGGAAAUGACUUGGAAUGGCUCAAAUUGGGGAUGUUUAUUCAGGUUGCGUGUUUUUAUUCUGAUUGCAAAUUUUAGAACAAAACUUUUAAAACACAGGAGUGGUGGUGGUGGCCUUUUUUUUAUUUUAUUUUUUUUUUUAUUUAAAGCAUCUCUUGUAAUCUCCAUCCACUUUAGUCACAGGAUAAGGUUGGUGAUAUUCUAUAUUUUUGACCUAGUCAACAAAUCCCAUAAAGACCAAAACCUACGAUGUGUUAGUCCGUCUCUCAACCCAUCCCUACCCUGUCUGUGGCUCUCAUUUGUUCCUACUCAAUAGUACCAACCUGAGGUUAAUUAAUUUCCUUAAACCGCUGGUCACUGUAGUUUUUAACAGUUGUUACUCAAACAGAGGUGAAAAAGCAUUUUUAGGAACUUUUUUCAGUCGAGAAUUUGGUGCCCUCGAAGGACUUGGGCAGCAGGACGAUGUGUUUACUUUGAGUCGAUCUUAAACUAAAGUGGCCUUGGUCAUUGUAUCCCAGUACAGUGCUGUGGCUCAUUUACAGAAUGAGUUAAUAAUAGUUUUUGGAUGACAGUAAAAGUCUAUGGAGUAAGAUAUACCAGGCUUUGGAUACACAGACAAUACUUGUUGGAUUAAUUCAUUGUUGGGUUUGGUCUUUUUAUGGAAUCGUUAACAGAAAGAAAAAUACAAAAUAUCACUCAUCCUUUGAAUCUUCCAUACAAGAAUAAUAAGUAAUACGGCAUGACGUUAAAAUGUUUGACUUGGUGAGGAUGAAUAUACAGGCAAAAAAGUUGUAUUUAUACUGCCUAUUUAUUUUGAUGUGAAUAGGAACUGUUACCACACACUUGUGACCUGUAUCAAUGCUUUUCAGUCCUGGUCUUUGGGACCAUGUGUUUUCUGUCCGGCCAGAUAGUUCAAUUGAAUCUGUAUCAGUCAGUUUCUGAUUAGCUGGUUAGAAUUAAACCCUUCAGGGCUCUAAGUCCCAAACAUCAGGAUUGGAUAACACUGUCCUACAAAGUAAAUGUUUACAAAUCUGUGUAUUUCAUGUGAAGCAGUGUAAACAAUCUUAAACACCAGAUAACUGCACUAAAGCCAAUCGUGGCAUGUCAGGCCUUACAGGGAAGAGACAUGUUGAUGCUGCUCUUUGCCUACGCAGAGUUCCAGAUGUUUGCCUGCCCAAACCAAGUCUGAAUUUUAUUAUAGACCGGUGGUGCCAAUGUGAUUCAUAUGGACAUAUCACACACUUGCUAUUCCUCAGUACCCCAGUUACUUGGACUAUACAACAGCUAAUGCAGUGAAACCACAGGGAAGCUAAUCACAAAAGAAACUACUGGUGAACAAAUCAAACUGUUAUGUGACACCAAAUGGCCGUUGGCAAAACUGCUGUUAUUAUUUUUUCUAAUGUGUGGUUAGGGCUAGUCAUUUUUAUUUCAGGAAGAUUAUGGGUGAUGCCAUUUUCAGUCAAGAAGUUUUCAGGAACAUGACAUGAAAUAAAUAUUAAGUAAAUGACAAUGUAGACACUAUUGUCAAAAAUAAAAUACCUGCACAACAAAUUUCCUCAGUGAUGGUCACUCACUUACCCUAAAUAUAUUACAUUUUUAGUGGCAGUAAUGUAAAAACUACAGUUUUUGAGGCUUCCCUGUUAUUUCUCAUCGAAUUUUGUGAGGAGGCGUCACCAAAUAGUUGCUCAACCUUGGCAGGGUGACUCUGGCUUUAUCAAAAAAAACCUGUCAAAAGGGCAUCAUUAAAUGAUAACGCUCCUAAAGUUAUUCAGUGUGAGCGGUAAUUAUUUGCCAAGCAGAAGUACGUGACCCAACUGAUUUCAUGCCAAGAAGUGUAUUCUAACUUUAAGACGUUACACUAUAUGGUUGGAUAAUUCAUAAACAACAAAGAAUGCUUGGGGAAAAUAGAACAAAGCGUGGACUGUAUUUGGAUUCAAUUUACACCUGUGCAGGCCCCCCUAUGCUUAGUGUUUUUAUUUUGUAUUUAACACAUUUUUCAGAGGGUUGGUCAGGACUUCCUGUGCAAUAUACUUUAUUACUGUAUCAAUAAUAAAUCUGAGAACAUUA